AUGUCUGUCUCAGCGCGCUAUACUAGAUAUAUCGUGUUUGCCUUGGUUGGAUUAACAUUCUUCUACCUCGUCUCCCGAUCCUCUCUUGAAAUCCCAACAAGCUCCUCAUUCGCCCCCGCCCAUCCUACAUACGAAGAAGUCAAGGAAGAGAAAGCACAAAGCGCUGUCUCUGUUGGCCUCGGUCAAUCUGAUCAACCCCAACGUGUAAACGCCACCUUUGUUACCCUCGCCCGUAACUCUGAUAUUUGGGAAAUCGCCAAGUCUAUUCGUAAUGUCGAGGAUCGAUUCAACCGCAACUUCCAUUAUGACUGGGUAUUCCUGAAUGAUAAGGAUUUUGAUGAUGAAUUCAAGAAGCUUACAACUGCUCUCGUAUCUGGCACCACCCAUUAUGGCCGUAUUCCCGAAGAGCACUGGUCUUAUCCCGACUGGAUUGAUCAGGAUAAGGCACGCGAUGCGCGCCAGGAGAUGGGCCGCAAGAAGAUUAUCUACGGUGAUAACGAGGCUUACCGUCAUAUGUGCCGUUAUGAGUCUGGUUUCUUUUUCCGCCACCCGCUUAUGAUGAACUAUGAGUACUAUUGGCGUGUGGAGCCCAGCAUUGAGCUCUUCUGUGAUGUUCCUGGAGAUCCAUUCCGCUUCAUGAAGGAAAACAACAAGAAAUAUAGUUUUGUGAUCAGUCUGUACGAAUACUACGAGACUAUCCCCACUCUUUGGGACAGUGUGAAGGGCUUCAUGAAGAGCCACCCGGAGCACAUCGCAGAUGGAAAUGCUUUGGAGUUCAUCAGUGAGGAUGGUGGUGAAACCUACAACAAGUGCCACUUCUGGUCCAACUUUGAGAUUGGCAGCUUGGAGUGGCUGCGAUCCGACCAAUAUAUUGACUACUUCUCUACCUUGGAUCAUGAUGGUGGAUUCUUCUACGAGCGAUGGGGUGAUGCACCAGUCCACUCAAUUGCUGCUUCACUUAUGCUCAAAGCAGACGAAAUCCACUUCUGGAACGAGAUUGCUUACUAUCACGUACCCUUCACGCAUUGCCCAAGCAGUGAGAAGACGAGGCUGGACCUUCGCUGCCACUGCAAGCCCAGCGAGAACUUCGAUUGGGCAGGAUACUCUUGUACCAAACGGUGGUUUGACGUCAACAAAUUACAAAAGCCUGAUGGCUGGGAUUCCCAGCAAUGA